AUGGCCGCUGAAGCCCAAGUCGCUCUCCAAAUGCAACGCAUCGAUACGAUGCGCAACAUGUCUACUCGCUUGACCGACGCCAUUCUCGCUACCCAAGGUGCACCCGCUAUUGAUGCCGAACUCGCUAUCCUCAAUGAUUUGUGGACCCGCUUCAACACAACUCAUGAGAGGCUAUAUGAGGACGUACCUGAGAUCAUCCAGAAUGAGUAUCAUACUGGCAAUGCUUUCCGAACCGCUAGUGAGACUUAUACGUUACUUCGAGUUCGACUUAGUGCCGCACGACCGGCUCCAGAACCCGCUCAUGAUGCCCAUGCGGUUAAUCCAGAUCAAACUGCUUAUUUUGGAGGUGCUCAUAAAUCCAACUUGCCGCAAAUAAAAUUACCAACGUUCCAGGGCUCAUAUGACGAGUGGGACUCGUUCAAGGACUUGUUCACCUCUCUCGUCAUACACGAAGAUUCGCUUACCGGCUCACAAAAGAUGCAUUACUUGAAAACUCAGGUCAAAGGUGAAGCCGCUUCGUUACUCGCUAACCUACCCAUAACUGAUGACGCGUUCCAGCCCGCUUGGGACUUAUUGAAUACUCGCUACACAAAUCCACGUCGAUUGCUCGAUAUGCAUAUCGACGAUUUGUUGGAUCGUCAACCGCUCACUACUCACUCCGCUGCUGAUCUGGACGCGCUGUUACUCGCCAACAAAAAAUCGCUGGACGCUAUUACGGCCUUGGGAAUCCCAAUCGGUGAGUUGGACCCAUUCCUAAUUCGGCUAACAGUUCGUUGUCUGCCAUCAGACUUGAGAGUGGACUGGAUGUCAUCGCUUGGGUUGUCCAAUGAAUUUCCCACGUACAAGCAACUCCACGAUAUGCUGAAAGCAAAGGUUCGUGCGUGGGAAAAUUCGGAAAUUGGAGCCACUGUAUCCACCUCAGCUCAAUUAAAACCAGCCACGGAAAGACCACCAGCAUCACGAACUUACUCUAGGUCUGCCGCUACUGGCAAGACAGGAGGCGCCACAAGUAAAUCCGCUACCCCCUCUAAUGCAUCUACAUCGAGAGGAGGCGCUAGUUACAACGCUUUCACUCCGAAAGAGAAAACGAGUGAACCAGGACUGUGUCCGAUUUGUAAGCAAAAGCACUUCGUGCUGUUUUGCCCAACCUACCAGCAAGCAACGCCACAAAACCGGAAGAUGAUAGUUUAUCACUACCGGCUGUGCUACAACUGCUUGGGACGCCACCGCUUCGCUGACUGCAAGACUGAGCAGAGAUGCCAACACUGUCAGAAGCCGCAUCACACGUCAACGCACAUUGAUGAGACUGCCGCUAAAUCGGUACAGGAACCUGCCGUACCGACUCCAGGAAGUACAUGUACUGCCCGUGUACUUAUUGAUCAAGGAUCAGAGUUAUCCUUUGUGACGCAUUCGCUAAUUAAGAAGUUGGAUGUACCGCUAAACAAGGCAGCUAUACCAUUACGAGGGAUUGGUAAUGUGUCAGCUGGACACUCACUUGGAUCAUGCCAGGUGUCGCUGCAUUCGCUACAUAGUUCCGCUUCUAUUACUAUCCAAGCUCAUGUGCUUGCUCUAUUGACGGUGAACUUGCCGUCAUUCACGCUAACCAACAAGAAAUGGCCGCACAUAAACGGUCUACAACUCGCUGAUCCAGACUUCUUAACAUCUCGACCUAUUGACAUCAUUCUGGGUGCAGCACCAGCUGCACACAUAAUCAACGCUAAAAUAAGGAAGGGUAAUGACAAUGACCCAAUCGCUCAGUCAACGACGCUUGGCUGGAUCAUCUAUGGAUCUGUGGACACCGCUACAUCUAAAUUGACAGCUUAUGGUCAUCAUGUCACUGUUGAUGAUCAACUACAAGACUUGCUGAGCAAGUUUUGGUACCAAGAAGAACCACAGACAGAAUUCGCUAUACACUACAAUGAAGAUGAGGAAAAGUGUGAACAACACUUUGUAAAAACACACUACAGACAGACUGAUGGUCGAUAUGUCGUUCGCUUGCCGCUUAAAUCCUCUCCAAGUCAACUGGGUGACUCGCUACGAGCUGCGCAAUACGCUUUACUUCGUCUUCGCAAACGUCUGGACAAAGAUCCAAUCUACAAGAAGCUAUACUACGACUUCCUGAAGGAAUAUGAAGACUUGGGACACAUGAGACGCGUAAAAUUAAAGGAGUUACCACCAAAUAGCUACAUGUUACCUCAUCAUGGGGUACUCAAAGAACAGAGCACUACCACCAAGCUCAGGGUGGUAUUCAAUGGGUCAUGGAAAACGACAUCAGGCGUAUCCAUCAACGAGAUACUCCAUGUGGGCCCCAAGAUUCAAGUUGACAUCAGUGAUGUACUGAUUCGAAUUCGCUGUCACCGCUAUCUAUUCGCUACUGACGUGACUAAGAUGUUUCGUCAGAUUGCAGUUGACAAGGAAGAUCAUCAUCUACAGUGCAUACUCUGGUUUGACGAAGAGGACCUACCAACAGUAUUUGCACUCGCUACGGUUACAUAUGGAACAACAUCAGCUCCAUAUCUCGCUGGAAGAGCACUUUUACAACUCGCUGAAGAUGAAGGAAAGAAAUUUCCAAAAGCUGUUGAACCGCUGACGAACACCCGCUACGUUGAUGACAUCUAUGGAGGCGCAGAUGAACUCGCUGAGGCAAUUCAAGUUGCUCUCGACACAAAAAAUAUGUGUGCCGCAGGAUGCUUCCCGCUUGCAAAAUGGGCAAGUAAUUCAACAGAAUUACUGUCUCAAGUCGCUCCAGUUGAAACCCAAGAAGAUACACCACGAGAACUUGGGGAUACUACAGUAAAAGUGCUCGGGCUAACCUGGAAUUCUACUCAAGAUAAAUUCCAGUUUGGUUAUUCGCUACCAGAAGCAUCGCCAACUACUAAACGCACAAUUUUAUCAGAAAUUGCUCGCUUGUUCGACCCGCUUGGGUUUUUGGCACCUAUCAUCGUAAGAGCCAAGAUGUUCAUGCAGAAGCUAUGGCUGCAGAACUUCGAUUGGGAUGCUACGCUAUCACCGUUGCUUCUUCAAGAAUGGAAUUUGUUUCGAGAUGAACUACAUCAGAUCUCGAAGAUUCAGAUACCUCGCUGGAAUCAUGUAAGAACUGGUGUAUCAAUUGAACUACAUGGAUUCUCUGACGCUUCUCAACUCGCUAUGGCUGCUGUCGUAUAUUUAAAAGUUACUGACGCUACAGGAAGCUCCAAUAUUUCGCUAGUGUGUGCCAAAACACAAGUUGCACCACUGAAACCAAUUUCAAUACCAAGAAUGGAGCUCAACGCCGCUGUCUUACUCGCUCAACUGGUACUCUACAUCAAGAAGGUCUUGAAGCUUGAAAAUGUACCAAUUUUCAUGUGGACAGACUCCGCUGUAUCCUUAACGUGGAUACGAAACAACCCCGCUAGAUGGAAAGUCUACAUUCGCAACAGAGUUACCAAGAUACAAGAAUCGCUACCAAGUGUCAACUGGGAUUUUGUUCCUGGGAAACUUAACCCAGCUGACUGCGCUUCAAGAGGUUUAACAGCAGCCAAACUAGAACAGCAUUCGCUAUGGUGGACGGGACCUAAGUGGCUCAGUCAAUCAAAAGAAAACUGGCCAUCUUUUGACAUCCCUACUCAGACGGUAUCACAUCUUGAAGAACGUCCAGGUUUAGUUUUUACCAUCUACAAGGCAGAUUCACACCCGCUACACACGCUAUUGGAUAAAUUCUCUAAGUUGUCACCACUACUUCGCACGCUUGGAAUCUGCCUUCGUGCCAUCGCUAAAUUUAAAAAAGUGCCACAGUCCACACUGGCCACACCACUCUCUACAGUUGACCUGGAACUCGCUAAGAUUUUGCUGAUCAAGUAUACGCAAAGUCAGUACUAUUCGCAAGAGCUGAAACUACUGAAAGAUGGUGAUUCUCUACAUCGAAACCAUCGUCUCGCUAAAUUGAUUCCCUACGUCGACUACAAUGGAGUACUCAGAGUCGGCGGUCGCUUGAAGAAUUCGCUACUGGAUGAUGAUCAAAAAAAUCCAGCUAUUUUACCACGAUCAUCACGACUAAGUACGCUACUGAUAGAACAUUCGCAUCAAAAGACAUUCCAUGGGGGAACUCAAUUGACACUCGCUGAUCUACGGAGAUCUGUCUGGAUAGAAGGUGGGCGCGUUCCAGUCAGGUCUCAUAUUCUUCGCUGCGUCGUGUGCACGAGACAUAGAGGUGUUCGUGCACAACAACUAAUGGGACAAUUGCCAUCCGCUCGUGUAAGACCAUCUAAAGCAUUCUUGCACACUGGAAUAGACUACGCUGGGCCAGUAACACUGAAGACAUUUCAAGGUCGAGGUGCGAAAACCUAUAAAGGUUGGAUCGCUGUUUUUGUAUGUCUCGCUACGUCCGCUAUACAUAUCGAAAUUGUCACCGACUAUUCCACUGACGCUUUCGUCGCAGCAUUCCGAAGAUUCACUAGUAGGAGAGGCGCCUGCAGUACCCUAUACUCGGACUGUGGUACAAAUUUUGUAGGAGCAGACGCCACGCUAAAGAGAGAAUUCGCAGCAGGAUCAAAACAGCUAAGGGAACUUCAGUAUUUACUCGCUACAGAUGGCACAGACUGGAAGUUCAACCCGCCAAGUGCUCCCCACUUUGGUGGCAAGUGGGAAGCAGCCGUCAAGUCAAUCAAGUUCCAUCUUAUUCGAACUAUUGGUGAAUCGCUAUUGACUUACGACCAACUCGCUACAGUGCUAACACAGAUUGAAGCUGUGCUCAACUCAAGACCAAUCGCUCCGCUAUCAGAAGAUCCUGCAGACUUAACCGCUUUGACUCCUGGACACUUUCUCAUCGGAGAACCGCUAAUCGCUGUACCAGGACCCUCGCUACUGGAAAACAAUACCGCUACGUUGUCACGCUGGCAACAAUUACAACAAAUGUUCCAGACAUUUUGGACUAGAUGGUCGUCUGAGUACUUACAACGACACCAAUCUAUCUCUAAGUGGCAUCAUCCAUCUAAUGUUAUCAAAGUGGGCUCAUUAGUCCUGCUGACUGAUGAGAGGUUCCCACCAUCAAAAUGGCCACUCGCUAGAGUACUCGCUCUACAUCCAGGACGAGAUGGGUUGACUCGAGUAGUCACCCUGAAGACCGCUACAACUGAACUUGUUCGACCAAUCGCUAAACUGUGCGUGCUGCCAGUUCACUCUCCAGAUGACAAUCCUGUCGACACCGUCGCCAGCGCUGGGGAGAAUGUUCAGUCAAGACCCAUUUCGCCUUCACCUGAGAACGCCGAGCCGCACCAAUAG